UAUACAGGAGUUUUCACUAACUCCCGACUUAAAAGAAAGAAAAGAAGAAAAAAAAACGGUGGUGCGUGGCUCGCCACGUAAUUGAAAAAAGAAAAAAAGAAGUCCUGUCUGACUCAGCUCGUUUCCAACAGAAACUAUUAAAUGAAACUGAAAUUGAAUAGUACUCAGACCGACUGAGGGUCAUGGCGGUUCGUUUCCGGAAGGGGAUAUCGAUCGCAUAUUCUUCUUAUUAUUAUUAUUCAGCACCAUCUUCUGUUUCCAGGUGGGCUAAUUAUUGUUCGUGGGAAGGAUCCAAUAAUAAUAAGAAAAAAAAGAAGAUAAUUUCCGAUAGUGAUCGUCUUUCAGGUGUUAUAGAUGCCGCUAAUGACCGCAAACUCCCUCCUGAACUCCGCGGUCAACGUAACAAUAUUCGAUCAGAGACAGAUAUUAUCAAUGUUGUGGAACAAAGGAUUUGGCGUUCUAUGGAGGAGGGCCAUUUUGAAAAUCUACCAGGGAAAGGGAAGCCCCUAAACUUAGACAGCAAUCCUCAUGCUGAUCCAGCUGAGGACACAUUAUAUCGGAUACUGUCGAAGAAUAACUGUGCCCCCGAGUGGGUUGAACUUAACAAAGGAAUCAGGGCUGACAUUGCCACAUGGCGCUUAACAUUAAAGAAAGCAAUUAGUUGCAAAGACAAUGGUGAUAUGUCCACAUGGCACGAUUAUUCAACUUCUUUGAAAGUUCAGAUACGCAGCAUCAACGAAAAGGUUUUCAGAUAUAACCUGAUUGUACCAUUUGGACGUCAGAUGAAUGGUUUAAACUGGGAGAAGGAACUUGCUCGUCUCAAUGACGUACAACCAAGUGCAUAAACAAACAAGAAUGCUUGUGGUAUCCUCAUUUAUGUACUCCUAUAAUGUUUCAUUACUCUACGUUAGGUUUUUAGAUAGUUUCAGAAUUAGUUGGUUGAUCCAUUUCAACUCUGUAGAACAAUUUUCACCCUUUUUUGGAGGUGUAGGACACUAAUAUAUAUCAUGGUUUCAUGAGACAUUCAAUAUAGUUAUACAUUUGUCCUGC